AUGUACAUCCCGGAGGGACGUGUUGACUACUUCUCCGCCAUCCGCGACCUCGGCAUCUCCGACUCCAAACUGAAGGCUAUGGAAGACAUACCCUUCCCUCAAGCACUCUUCUUGAUAUUUCUCAGCUUCAUCUUCUUCGGAAGCAUAGCGCUCGGAACCAAUACGCUUGUGGCCUACCUUGAUGACCGGUACAAUCCACCACAAUACUACUACGGGGACAACCUACGAACGGUGCCCCUUCUGCGCAGCUUUAGGGAUCAGUCAGAGCCGCUCCCUCGAUAUGAGCGCGAGGACCCUACUGCGAGACCGCUUCUUGCUUUCGAAGGGAACACUCCGCCUCCCGCGUAUGGUACUGUCUUCCAUAUUCCUGCGCCAUAUGAGGACGACGAGGGCGACGAGGACUAUGCAGCAGGAUCGUCAUCGGUUGCACCAGACAGCAGCUAUACCGUUUACAUGGUCUAA